ACAUACAUAGGUACAGGUGAAGAGGGACUAGAGAGAAAGAGAAAAAUGGCAGUGGAGGAUGAUAAGGUAAAGAGAACUCGAGAUCUGCUGUCGAGUUUCUAUUCACAAGACGCUUCUCAGACUUCUGCUCCCACCAAAACCACAUCAAGAUUUGCCACUCUCGACACUAUCAACACCACCUCCUUCGAUGGCGAUCAGUACAUGAACCUUCUUGUACAAAAGUCAAAUCUGGAAGGCCUCCUUCAGAGACAUGUGGAAAUGGCUGCUGAAAUCAAGAAUCUUGACACUAACUUGCAAAUGUUAGUGUAUGAAAAUUAUAACAAGUUUAUCAGUGCUACAAAUACAAUUAAAAGAAUGAAGAAUAAUAUUUUUGGUAUGGAAGUAAAUAUGGAGCAACUCCUUGAGAAGAUAAUGUCAGUGCAGUCGCGAAGUGAUGGGGUCAACACUUCAUUUUUUGAAAAGAGAGAGCAUAUAGAGAAAUUACACCGCACCCGUAAUCUAUUGCGCAAAGUUCAGUUUAUAUACGAUCUUCCUACCACGCUUGGAAAAUGCAUCAAAUUUGAAGCAUAUGGUGAUGCAGUGAGGUUCUAUACUGGAGCCGUGCCAAUAUUUAAGGCAUAUGGGGACUCCUCAUUCCAGGAUUGUAAGAAAGCAUCUGAAGAAGUAAUGUCAUUUAUCGUUAACAAGCUUCAGGAUAAGGUUUCUUCUGAAUCUGAAUCAAUACAAGCAAGAGCGGAGGCUGUAAUGCUUCUUAAGCAGUUGGAUUUUCUGGUUGAAAAUUUGAAAUCCAAGCUUCUUGAAAAUCUAGAGCAGUUCCUUAGGGAACUUGAUCUCUCUAAAGAGAUAACAGACAUGGGUUCUCGUGAAUCUACCAAUGAAGGAAGUGAAUCUGAUUCCAUUCCUUGUGUUCCCGAGGUUCCCACUCGUGAAUUUGUGGAAGUUGUUCAUGCAUAUCAUGUCAUUUUCCCUGAUUCAGAGCAGCAACUGGUCGAACUCGUGCAAUAUUUAACCACAAGGCACUUUGAAGCUGCCAGACAAGAAAUACAGCAACGGAUAUCUUCAGAAAAAUUAUCCAACUGA